CAGUUGCAACGUCUUAGGUUGGAACGUACACAGAGACUGAAGGGCUGCUCUGAACUUGUUCUACAGGACGCUGGCCUAGAUAUUUAUGUCUUUUGCUUUCAGUCCCUGCUACUGGACAGAAGGUUCUGAGAGAAUGUACCUGAGUUUGGAUCCUUCAGGAUGGCAUGUGUCUGAAUUUAAAGUCUACUUGGGACACCAUUCAGCCUUCAGGAAACGGUUGGCUUUGCUUACUAUCUCAGACUACGACUGCAGGCUCGAAAUGUAUGUUGAUGAUCGUUCCCGGCGACUGAAGCGAGAAACGUAUUGUGCAGAACAGAGGGAAUAGCCACUCAGAACUAUCCUAAACAACUUGAGGGAAGCUGUCAAAGAAGAAAUGGAUGUAUUUGGUGGUGCACCGCGUUUCCUAGCCUAUCCAAGACCUGUAGUGGUCCAAAGUGGGGCUGAUGCAGUCCUUAAGUGUCAGAUUGGCGGUGAUCCACGACCUGCUGUUAUCUGGGAGCAAAGCAAUGAAAAGAUUGACCCUCAAGGACGAUAUAGGGUCUUUGAGGAUGGGAAUGUUUACAACCUUAUCAUUACAGCUGUUACUAUUGAGGACAGUGGACAAUAUAUUUGCAAAGCUAAGAAUAGCAUUGGAGAAACAUAUGCAGCUGCCACCCUAAAGGUAGAAGGUGAGGCGCAAGAGAUGGAGCUCAGAGAGGAAAAUAAACCGCGAUUCCUUAUCAAGCCUCUUUCCACUCGUGUCGGUCGUGGGGAAGAUGCUGUCUUCUCUUGCAAGCUUUGGGGAAACCCACGACCAGAAGUUGUCUGGGAAAAGGACGGAAGAAAACUCAACGAGAUAUUUGAGAGCACACAUUUCAGCGUAGGCUAUCAGGAUGGAGGAUGGUUUCAGCUCAAGAUCUUUAAGACUCGUGCUCCGGAUGGUGGGGUGUAUACAUGCAAAGCUCGAAAUGAGUUUGGGGAAGCACUUGCAGGAGCCGUGUUGCUGGUUGAUGCAGGUCCUGGACAUGAAGAGGAAGGAAACCGUAAUGGCUACACUAAUGGCCAGUGGAAAGUCCAUCAGGGCAAACAAAGGACUGGUAAACAAGUGCCAAACCGACUAAAGGAUGAUGCCAUGACAAAGUCUACAAAAGUAAAAAUGUUUGCUGUAACUGAAGGCAAACAUGCCAAAUUCCGCUGCUUUGUGACAGGAAAACCUAAACCAGAAAUAAUCUGGAGAAAAGACGGCAGACUUAUCCUGUCUGGAAGACGUUACUUGUUAUAUGAAGACAGAGAAGGGUACUUCACACUCAAAGUUUUGUAUUGCAAGCAAAAGGAUAAUGGCGUUUAUGUCUGUGCUGCAUCAAACACUGCUGGGCAAACCCUUAGUGCUGUACAUCUCUCUGUCAAAGAGCCACCUGUCCGGUUUAAGCAACCUCUCUAUGACCUUGAAGUUUGGGAACGGGAUUUAGCUGUUCUAGAGUGUGAAGUUCCAGAAGACUCUGUUCCCAUCACGUGGUAUCUUGAGGACAGACGACUGCAGCCAGGGGCCAAAUAUGGAAUGGAGGAGUGGGGAACAAAACGAAGACUGACAAUCCGUGACAUUGGCGUUGAUGAUGAUGGAAUUUACCUCUGUGAGAUGCCUGAUGGAGGAAGAAGUAUAGCAGAGGUAGCUGUAAAAGGUACAAUUUUGCGAAAACUUCCGAGGAAAGUGGAUGUUUUGGAAGGUGAAAAUGCCGCCUUUUGUGUUGAAGUGGAAAAAGAAGAGAUGGACAUACAUUGGUACAAGGAUGGCAUCGAGCUGCGUGAAACCCAUCAAACCAUCAUUAAGUCCUUUGGUCGAACUCACAUCUUGGUUUUUGUUAAUACGAUGCCCCAAGACUCUGGCCUGGUGACCUUUCUGGUUGGCAGGUCCAAGACCUCAUCUCAGUUAAGAGUGAAAGCGGCCCGGCAUUGUCCUCCGAGUUGUCCAGUGGGUGUUCAGAUCAACACGGAGCGUGCUAAUGCAGCUCUUCUCUCCUGGGUUCCUGCUCCAGAUUCACGAAAGAACCCUCCAUCUGGUUAUGUGCUUGAAAGACAAGAAGUAGGCACUGGUUCACAGGAGUGGCUGCAGUGCUUGACCACUGAUUCGGCAACUUCAGUGGAAAUCCUUGGUGACAGUGUCCCAUGUGAGGCAGAUUAUCGUUUUCGCAUUUGCAGUGUAAAUAAAUAUGGAAAAAGUAACAAUGUUGAGUUUCCAAGAACUGUUCACUUAGUUCCUGUAACCAGAAUUCAAGCUCCUUUACAGGAUGCCCUGGUGCCAGAGGGACAAGAUGCUCUUUUCACCAUUGAGCUUUCUGCUUCAGUUAUUGGUACAUGGUUCUUAAAUGGUACUCAGCUUCAAGAGGAUGAACGUUAUUCCUGCCGCCGAUCAAGAACACACCAGUCUCUUCGCAUUCGAGGAGUACGUGAUACUGACAAUGGAGCAGAAAUUACAUUCAUCGCCUAUGGAAUCCGAGAUUCUGCAGCACUGUACAUUCAAGCUCCCCUUGUCAAGUUUUCCCCACUGUCCGAAAUGGAUCGAAACAAGUUCGUAGAAGUGGGCAACCCCAUUGUGCUCUACUGUGAGCUCUCUGAUCCUGCAGCUCCGGUGCACUGGUACAAGAACGGCGUAGAAUUACAAACUGUGGAAGGUCUUCAUAUUCAAUCAGAGGGCACAAUGAGACGGAUUGUCAUCCAAUCUGCAGACUUCUCACAUUCAGGAGUGUACUGCUGUGAUGCCAUCGACGAUGUAAUCAGGUUUAACGUGGAAGUCGAGACCCCACCCGUGAGGUUUUCAGCAAUUCCAGAUGCUGAAAGGAACAAAACCAUCCAAGCAGGCCAGCCAUUUGUUUUACAAUGUGAGCUCUCAGAUCCUUCUGCCCAGGUGCACUGGCACAAAGAAGGAUCAAAGCUCCAUCAUGACAAUGGAGUAGAUGUUAAAGCCAUUGGCAUACUGAGGAAACUGGUUGUCCAUACAGCAGAAGUUGCACACUCUGGAUUGUAUUGCUGCAAGACAAAGGGUGACGCCAUCACCUUCAGUGUGGAGAUUACAGUUUCACCUAUGAAGUUCUCAGCUAUUCCUGAAGACAUGAGGACCAAGUUGAUCGAAGUUGGCAGCCCUAUAGUACUUCAGUGUGUGGUUGCGGAACCUGAGGCCCAGGUUUGCUGGUACAAAGAUGAAAUGAAGCUUAUUUCCAGCUCUGGAUUAGAAAUUCAUUCAGUGGACAACACAAGAACAUUAGUUAUUCAGUCUGCAGAGCUGACCCACUCGGGUUUGUACAGAUGCACCACACAGGAUGAUACCAUCGAAUUUCAAGUGGAGAUCAAAGCUCUACCUGUGGCACACUCUACUAUCUUUGACACUGAGAGAGCCGAGUCACUUGAAGUGGGCAACCCUUUGAAGCUGGAAUAUGAGGUUGCAGACUCCACUGUCCCAGUCUGCUGGAAUAAAGAUGGUAAAAAUCUCUACCCACAAAAGGGUUGGGAUAUACAAAGUAAUGGCCCACCAACGGGACCCAUUAUCCCAUCCCCUGAGCUCUUGCAUUCAGGACAAUACUGCUGCAAAACCACUGAGGCCACUAUCCACUUCUCUGUGGAUGAUAAAGGACUACCUGUGAAGUUCUCAAAGCUGCAAGAAAAGGACAGGAACAGGUCCAUCGAAGAAGGCAAUCCUCUUGUCCUUAACUGUGAACUCUCUCAUGAUCCUUCAACUCAUGUCGACUGGUAUAAGGAUGGGAUUCAACUUGGGUCUUGGGACAAUGUGGAAAUGAAGUCAGAUGGUCUGACAAGGACCCUACUCAUUCCAUCUGCUGAGAGCAUACAUGCUGGUAUCUAUAAAUGUUCAACAUCAGAUGACAGCAUUACCUUUAAAGUGGACAUAAAAGGCCAAUCACCAAGGAUUAUGGCAACCCCACUGUCAGAAAAAUACAAGAUAAUUAGAAUUGGCUCUCCAAUAAUCCUGCAGUGUGAGGUGUCAGAUCCUGCUGCUCAGGUUUUCUGGUUUAAAAAUGAGGUGGAGCUUUUCUCCAAAACAGGUCUUGAUAUGAAAAGAAAUGGCACUCUGAGGAAGUUAAUAAUUCAUUCAGCUAAGGUCUCUGAUUCUGGCCUCUACAGCUGUAGCCUCACAGAUGAGGCUGUGACCUUUCAGGUGGACAUUGAAGCUACUCCUGUGAGGUUUACAGAGCUACCAGAGGUUGCAAGAAACACAUGUGUAGGAGCAGGCCGCCCAGUUAAGCUGCAGUGCGAAGUCUCAGAGCCAGCUGCUCAAGUUUACUGGAAAAAAGAUGGAGAACCUCUUCUGGCAACAAUGCCACCAGUAACAUUUGCCGACAUCCCAGAGAAGGACCUUUUUCGUAGUGCUGUGGAACAAGAGCUGCUUGUUCUGUCAUGUGAAGUAUCAAGGACUGAUGGUGUUGUCCAGUGGUACAAAGAUGGAACUGAAAUACAACCAAGCAAUAAUAUUAGGAUGGAAGCCGAGGGAGCCAAGAGAAAUCUGAUAAUACAAUCAGCCCUCUUGUCUGACACUGGCACGUACACAUGCCGUACAGGAGACAACAUUUUAAUCUUCAAGGUCAACAUAAGAGAACCUCCUGUGAUGAUUGUCUACCCCAAGGAAGAUGUACACCUUGAGCGUCAUGUACCUGUGGAAAUUAUUCUGAGCUGUGAACUGUCUCGUCCUAACGGUGUUGUUGGCUGGUUCAAGGAUGGCCAAAAGCUGCAAGAGAGUGAGAACAUCAAGCUCAAGUCAGAAGGCCCUUACAGGAGACUGAAGAUUCUUUCUAGCAGAGUUGAAGAUUCUGGAGAAUACGUCUGUGACACCGCUGAUGAUUCAAUAUUCUUUCAUCUUAAUAUUACAGAACCUCCAGUGCAAAUUAUAUCCCCAAGCCAGUCCCAAAUGGAGCUGUGUCAGCAGACCUCUGAACGGAUGGUACUGAGCUGUGAGAUCUCACGGCCCAACGCUGUGGUACGGUGGUACCGAGAUGGACUCGAGGUGGAAGAAAGUGAGAAUCUCUUACUAGAAGUGGACGGGGUCUACAGAAGACUCAUUAUACCUGAAACAACUGUGAAAGAUUCUGCAGAAUAUGUAUGUGACACAGGAGACGAUUCUGUGACAUUUUUUGUGAACAUAGCAGAACCGCCUGUUCGUUUUAUACGCCCACGGAAGAUGGCAAGCAGAGUUGAGAAAGUGGUUGGUGAGACUCUGGUUCUAGACUGUGAGGUUUCAAGAUCAAAUGCUGAAGUGACCUGGAAGAAGAAUGGAGAAGAGGUGGAGGACUCCAGAAAAGUCACGAUCCUUGAAGAUGGCGUCACACGUCAGUUAACCAUUCAUUCUGUAAUGGUGGAGGAUGCCGGGCAAUAUGUUUGUGAUGCAAAAGAUGAUGUGAUGGAUUUCAGUGUAAAAGUGCAAGAGUUGCCUGUACAAAUUCUUGGAAAAACUGAUGCAAUGACAGAAAAACAGUUUCUAGUUUCAGAUGACAUUAUUCUAGUGUGUGAACUCUCGAAAGCCAAUGCAUCAGUGUGCUGGUACAAAGAUAGUCAGCUUAUUGACAACAACAAGAGAUACUGUUGUGAAGAGCAAAGCGUUUUCCGAUCCCUGGUUGUCCUAAAUGCUGGACUGGAAGAUUCAGGAGAGUAUACCUGCAAUGCAGGAGAUGAUAGGAUGUCCUUUAGCAUCACUGUUAAGGAACCUCCUGUGCAGAUCAUUGGGAACUCAGGAAACCCAGAGCAUCAUGUGAUGGUAGCAGGAGAUGAUCUCAUUCUGGAGUGUGAAGUGUCCAGACCGAACGCAGCCGUAGAGUGGAUACGGAAUGGCGAGAUACUCAAACCGAGCUGUCGGAUAAAUAUUGAGAGCUGUGAUGUUGUGAGGAAGCUUGUCCUCUCUGGCCUUCAACCCUCAGAUUCUGGAGAAUACAUCUGUGAUGCUGUCGAUGACAAGCUAUUCACAAUUGUGGAGGUGCAAGACCCACCCACAAAGUUUGUUAAUAAAAAAGCAAAAAAUAACAUCUCAGCUUAUGAAAAUGAGAGCGUCACAUUGUGUGGCAUUGUGAGCAAUGAAAGAGCUAAUGUUCGUUGGCUGAAAGAUGGCCAGCUGAUGAAUAAGGACAACAUUCAUAUCUCCAGCGAGGGUAAAACUCAUAAGCUCACCAUUAAUCCUCUGCAGCUGUCAGACUCUGGAGAAUAUGUUUGUGACGUCAGCACGGACAAAAUGUAUUUCAGUCUUUUAGUGAAAGAAAUGAAGGUGAAAUUCAUUAAAUGUUUGGAGAACACAGUGUCUCUGAAAGGUCAAACUCUUACAAUACAAUGUGAGGUCAACAAGCCCAAAGGAGACGUCCAGUGGCUAAAAGAUGGUAAGGAGAUAACUUCCAGUCACCGCUACACAAUACGGACUCAAGGCAGAGAGAGAAGCUUGACCAUCCACCACCUAAUGGAUGAAGAUGCUGGAGAAUAUGUCUGUGAAUCCACAGAUGACCGAACAGUAGCCACUGUUGCCAUCGAAACCCCCCGUGUUGUCGAGUUCAUAGCUGAGCUUCGUAACAUCACCAUCUGUGAAGGCGAAGAUGCUGUGUUUAAGUGCGUGGUUUCACCAGCCGACAAUAAGUUGGUUUGGCGAUUGAAUGGCAAGAAGGUUGCAUUGAAUGAGCGCACUGUCAUAUCGUGCAAUGGACUCUGCCACAUGCUCUGCAUCAACAACUGCAUGGUUUCAGAUAGCGGCAAAGUGACAGCUGAUGCAGAGGGGGUGGUGUCAGAGGCAGAGCUACAGGUCCAAGAGCAACAAACGCUGUUCACAAAGAAAAUGACUGCAGUCAUAGCUGAGGAGUACAGUGAGGCAACACUCGAGGUGGAGGUGAGUCUCGAUGCAGCAGAGGUGCAGUGGAUGAGACAAGGGGUGCUGAUCCAUCCUGGGGCCAAGUACACCCUGAAACACAAGGGCCGAAAACACUUCCUCACAAUUCACAAAGUGGCAGUGUCUGACCGAGGAACCUACAGCUGCGAAACCCUUCAUGACCGCACACAGGCCCAGCUCACCGUGGAGCCACGAAAAAUCACCAUUAAGAGAGGGCUAACAGACAUUAAAACCACAGAGAGAGAGACAGCUUCGUUCGAAGUCGAGCUGUCCCAUUCCAACGUCCCAGGAACCUGGAUCAGAAAUGGAAUCCAGCUCAAGCCGACGAAUCACUUCCGUAUGAGCGCCAAAGGAGAAGUUCACAGCCUUACCAUCUCCAACCUUUCAGUGGAAGACACAGGCACCUUUGUGUUCACUGUAGAGAAUCUGAAAACAUCUGCAAGGCUUGUUGUGAAGGAGCCUCCAGUGACUAUCAUCAGGAAGCUGGAGAACCAGAAAGUUCCUGAUAGGUCUGUUAUCUCUUUCGAUUGUGAGCUGUCUAGACACAACAUUGAUGUGAAAUGGAUGAAGGAUGGGGUUGAAAUAAAGCCAAGCAAAGAUGUACGAAUUUAUUCAAUGGGAAGGAAGCGCUUCCUUCAGAUAAUGAAAUGUAAUACCGCUGACUCUGGCAUGUACACGUGUGAUGCUGGUGAUGCUGCUACGUCUUGCACAGUGGAGGUCUAUGAACGUGAGCUGUUGGUUGUGCAGGGCCUUGAAGAUCUGGACAUCCAGGAAGAUCAGAAUGCCGUCUUUGUUUGUGAGAUCUCCGUAGAGGACGUUCCAGGGGAAUGGUACAAAAAUGGGGAGCGGAUACAACCCACCAGCACCAUCAAGAUCCGCCAGGAAGGAACAAAACAUUUUCUUCUCAUGUGUAAUGUGCGACCAGAAGACUCCGGAGAGAUCAAGUUUGUUGCCAGAAAUACCGAGUCUGUUGCUUACCUGGAGGUGGAAGAGCUUCCGGUCAACAUCGUAAAACCUCUGCAGGAUACGACUGCCCUGGAGAAGAGCCGUGUCAUCCUGGACUGCACAGUGUCUAACCCGAGAUGCAGCAUCCGCUGGUACAAAGGCAGCAACGUCAUCCUGCCCUCUGAACGCUUCGAGAUCUGCAGUGAAGGCUGUUACCGCAAACUGAUCCUCCAGCAGGUGGCGCUGGAAGAUGAUGGCACAUAUAGUGUGCAGGUUGGAGACUACACAUGCUCCGCCAAACUCACUGUGGAAGCCCUGUCUUUGGUGAUGGUACGGGAGCUGAAAGAUGUGGAGGUCUCGGCCCCAGACCAAGCCUGCUUUGAGUGUGAGGUCUCGGUCCCAGUCCUCAGAUCCCCGGUGUGGAGUCUGAAUGGGGAGCCCCUUCAGCCAAGCUCUUGCAUACGCCUGGAGAAGAUGGGAACAGUGCACAGACUGACGCUCCGGCAAACCACCCCGGACAUGAGCGGCGUGGUGGAGUUUGCCUCCGGGAAAGCAAAAAGUCAAGCUCAGCUUCGAGUAGUAGGAAAUCCCUGAAAGAAACCCCUAAUCUGCCCUCCUCCAAGAUGGCUUGAUAUACAUGUUUUAAUAAUGUACCUUCAACAUUGUUUAUUGAUUUAGUGUCUUUAAAAGCAGCUUAAACAGGGUUAAUUGAUUGUUAAAUGUUUUAAAGAUUAAAGAUUUUAUUUCAAAGUGUAUCUUUUGUCCCUGUAGAAACUGUAAAUAAUGCUGUGUUGAAGUGAUUUGACUGGAACUGGUUUGUUAAAGCACACCCAAAAUGCUUGUUACAGUCAAUAAACAGCUAGAUAACCAAUACUCUAAAGAUAUGCUUAUGGUCUGGUAUGAUCCAGUAUGGGUAUGUCAUAGUUUUAAAAAAUACCGACUACAUUCUCUAAAAAUAGAAUUUGAAAGAAAAUGACAUAUUUUUCUUAACUGCAGCAGAUGGAGAAUCUGGAAAAAAUUCCCAUGGGCAAGAGAAGCAAACAAUUAUAAGGAGUCGAGCUAACAGCUAGUCAAAGCUAACAGCUACACACACUGGAAAGUAAACAACCAAUCAGAGUAAAGCUAACAUCUAACAAAAUAACAAAAGCAAAUAAAGUUAGGAGCAUAUUUUAUGAAUUAGGUGACUCUUAAGAACAAACUACUGAUUAGAGGGAAGGAACAUUUCCUAGAUGGCUAAUCAGCCGUGUUAAAGCUUGUUGGUACAGCACUAUGGCCAUUGUUGAGUUGUCAAAAUAGCAAAAAGUAAACAGUGCACAAGAGAUGAGGUAAAAAAGCAUUAAUUAUAAAUUAACUUCAAGAAUAUUUUUUAAUCCCAAAGGUAAACUUGUAUGUUUAGUUUGUAAGGUAAGUUUCACUGAAAAGUCAUCAUAGUUGGUGAUGGCUGUGGGCAGGAAGGAACUCCUGUAGCAUACUGUAAUACAGCAGAACUGUAAUGCUUCAUAUUUUAAUUUACAGCUGUACUGAACAUGAUUCGAUUGUUUAGAACUAGGAAUGAAUUGAAAUCUAUGUAACUUACUUUGGUUCUGUCUGUAUGACUUGAUUAAAAUCACUAUAUAUAUAAUUCUGUAUAUAAACUGGAAUUUGUUUUUUGUAAAGUGCUUUAAGACAUUUGUUGUGAAGUAGCUUUACAUAAAUAAACUGAAUUGUGUUGAAUUUAAUUGAAUCUGAGAAAUAUACUCUAGAUUACAUCUGAAAUGAAUAACUUAAAACUGUUGGCUAUCAGGUUAAUUCCCCUUGACAAUUUAUCCCUGAUUUUCCAAACUGAAUUCACUCAGUGCCGUCUACUGCAAGUAACGCAUUGACUACUCAUAACUACUCCAGAGAAACUUAGAAAACUGAGGCAAUCCCUUUAAACUGUAAUCCAACGUUUUUUUGGGACCUCCUCUAGAUUUAACAACCUGAGUCUUAGAACUCAUUACUUUAGUCUAAUACUGACAUUUUUCCUGAAGAUUUUAUUUACCUCUUUUGUAGAAAUUCAAAACAAGAACAAAUUUGAAAAAUCUUUUCUGAUGCAAUUUAGGUUGUCAGAAUACCUUGACAUAAACACCAUGUAGGAUAAGCAUGCAGCAAGACCUGUUUGUUUUUCUGCAGUAUUUUCUGUGCAGACUCAAACACUGUGGUGAACUAAGACAUGUCAAUAAAAAGUUUUAAUUCUG